AUGGCCACUACGCUUCCUGCCCAGGUCCGCAAGGCUGCCCCCUCGAUUGACUCGGUAGUUUCGGACUAUGCUUCUGGCUAUGUCCGCUACAUUUGCAGCAAUCUCUCGGAUCCCUUUUCUGCAACAACCAUUACAAUCCCUAAAGAAGUCGACUUUGUAGCCAACAUUCUCCAAAGUGCCGGAGCAGAGUCUACGGCAGUUUCUCGUCUACGCGAGUCUUUGGCCUCCGAGUUUUCUAAGCUAUACUCUCAAACUAUGGCUUCGUCUAGCGGUGCCGUCGACAUGCAUAACCGCAAAAUUGAUCAGAAAACAUUGCUCACUGCCCAGCGCCAAAAUGCAGCCGCGCUCAACCAAGCUACUUAUAACAGCAGCAUUGGUGCCGUUGCUGCAACUGAUCUUGAGCACGUUGGUUCUCGUGCCAUCAAUACCCGUGUCGAUAAGAAGAAGCUUGAAAAGGCCGAGCGCAAGAUUGCCCAGAAACUUGCAAAGAAAAUGCACCGCACCGUCGAGUACGAGGCCUCACGUCUCAUCAAGGAGGAUACCAAAGAAGACUACGACAAGUUUUUCCUUACUGUCAACCCUAUCGACUUUACUGGUAACUCUGGUAAGACUAAAGAUAUUAAAAUUGAAAACUUUGAUCUCUUUGUCGGCAAUACCGCUCAGCGUGUUCUUUCUGAUACAACUUUGACUUUGUCUUAUGGCCACCGUUAUGGUCUCAUUGGUCAAAACGGUAUUGGUAAGUCCACUCUUUUGCGUGCCCUUUCUCGCCGUGAGCUUGCCGUCCCCAAGCAUAUUACCAUUCUCCACGUUGAACAGGAAAUCCGCGGUGAUGACACCUUGGCUCUCCAGAGUGUAUUGGAUGCCGAUGUUUGGCGUAAAUCGCUGCUCCAAGACCAAGCUAAACUUAAUGAGAAAAUUGCUGAUGUCGAUGAGCGCUAUAAACAAACUGUUGCCGAACUUGGCUCUGACAACUCAGCCGAACACUCUGAGUUGCGUGAACUUGACGAUGAGCGUAGUGACCUCGAAAACAGCAUGACGGAAAUUGUCAACAAACUUACAGAAAUUGAAGCCGACAAGGCUGAAAGUCGUGCCGCUUCCAUUCUUUUUGGUCUAGGCUUUUCUCGAGAAGCCCAGCUCCAGCCCACAAACUCUUUCUCUGGUGGUUGGCGUAUGCGUCUUGCUCUGGCGCGUGCUCUUUUCUUCAAGCCCGACUUGCUGUUGCUCGACGAACCGUCAAAUAUGUUGGACGUGCCGUCCAUCACUUUCUUGUCCAACUACCUUUCAACAUACCCCUCUACAGUCCUUGUUGUGUCCCACGACAGAGCCUUCCUUAACGAAGUCGCAACUGACAUCAUCUACCAACACAAUGAGCGUCUCGAUUAUUACCGUGGUGCCAACUUUGAUACCUUCUACGCUACUAAGGAAGAACGUCGCAAAAAUGCUCUCCGCGAGUACGAAAACCAAAUGGCUUAUCGCAAGCAUCUGCAACUAUUCAUUGAUAAGUUCCGCUACAAUGCUGCCAAGUCGUCUGAAGCCCAGUCUCGUAUCAAGAAGCUUGAAAAGCUUCCUGUACUGGAACCUCCAGAGGAAGAACAAACUAUCACGUUCCGGUUUGCCGACCCAGAAAAACUCUCACCCCCCAUUCUUCAGCUCAAGGACGUUACCUUUGGCUACAACCCGGAAAAACCAAUCAUCCGCGAUGUCGACCUCGACGUCGACAUGGAUUCGCGUAUUGCCCUUGUCGGUGCAAACGGUGCCGGUAAAACUACGCUUCUCAAGCUGCUCAUGGAGCAAGCCAGACCUACAAAGGGUGAGGCCCAUCGCAACGGCCGUCUGCGUAUCGGUUACUUUGCACAGCACCACGUCGAUGGCAUGGAUCUUUCCAUGUCGGCCGUACAAUGGAUGGCCCAUGAGUUCCCCGGUAAGAGCGAUGAGGAGUACCGUCGCCAUUUGGGCUCGUUUGGUAUCACAGGUCCGCUCGGUUUGCAGAAAAUGCAACUACUUUCCGGUGGUCAAAAGUCCCGUGUGGCCUUUGCAUGUCUGUCAAUGAAAAACCCUCACAUUUUGGUUCUCGACGAACCGUCGAAUCAUUUGGAUAUUGCUGGUUUGGAUGCCCUUGCCGAGGCUCUUCAGAAGUUUAAGGGUGGUGUGCUCAUGGUUUCGCACGAUGUGUCCAUGAUUAAUGCCGUUGCUCGCAACAUCUGGGUCUGUGAAGACGGUACUGUUAAGAAGUUCCCCGGUACUAUAUAUGACUACAAGAAGUAUAUUCUCAGCGCUGCGGACAGUUCUGGUGUAGUCAAGCGCCAUUGA